UGUAGUAGUCGCUACUUUACGUAUGACGGUAAAAGUAAUUAAAAUUGUUUCUAAAUCAACAAAAUGAUGUGUUUACAAUAAGUUUAUCGAUGGUAGAAAUCAUAAUAAAUACUUUCACGUAUGGAAGCGUAAAGGUUAUGGAGGGAUAUUAAGAUAACAGUAAAGAAAUAUCAAAAUAAUAUGGAAAAAUAUGAGAUACUUUAUUUAAAUAUUGUGAUUCCAUACGAUCGAACAUCAAAAUCUUCGCGGGUUGAUUCGAACUUUUCGUCUAGUGUCAAAUUUUAACAGGGCAAUAACACUUAUACCACUGUUGCCAGAUCGAAAAUAAAAAGUAAUAAACCGGACUUUAGUAGUCGUUGUAUAUUGAAACAGAUUUAUGAUUCAAUGACAACUAUUUACUUACUUCCGUUCAGUUUCUAAUUGAUAUAAUUUCUUACAAGAUGGCGCACAUUUCCUUUAAAAAUUGUAUACCAGUGAGAGCGAUAAUAUGGGUUAUGUGUUUCACUUGUACAUUAUUCUUGUACAUGCUAAGAAUAAAUUUAUCCAUUAUUAUCUUAGCGAUGGUACAACCCAACGAGAAAGGUAACAAAACGUUCGUUCCGGAAUGUAAAGUAAUAAAACAAAAUUUAACUUUCGACGGUCUGACUGCCGAAGCUCUACAUUCAAAUAUAGAAGACUAUGGAGUUAGGUACGAUUGGAGUAGCGAGCUUCAAGGACUCAUUCUGGGAUCUUAUUUUUGGGGAUUUACUAUAGCUGGUUUCCCGGGAGGCGCUAUCGCCGAAAAAUUCGGUCCUUCGAAAUGUGUCACUAUAUCGUUUUUAGUUUCCGGUAUAUUAACGUUAAUAGGCCCGUGGGCCGCGGCGUUGAAUCCUUGGUUACUUAUUAUUUCAAGAUUUGUUAUUGGAAUCUUCGGGGGCGUGGUUUUUCCCAGUCUUCACUGUUUGGUAGCUCGUUGGGCGCCACCUGACGAAAAAGGAAAAUUCGUGGGAGCUCUUUUGGGUGGUAGUUUGGGAACUGUAAUUACUUGGCCUCUUUUGGGGUACAUUAUAGAGACUCUCGGUUGGACUUGGGCGUUUAUUGGAUCCGGUGGUUGCGUAAUCGCUUGGACGAUUUCCUGGUACUUUUUAGUAACCGAUUCUCCAGAACAACAUAGGACAAUAUCAGAAGAAGAAGUGAGACAUAUCACUGAGAGUCUGUCAGGAAGUAUAUCCAAAGUAAAAAGAUUUCCUCCAUAUAAGGAUAUAUUUCUAACGAUCCCUUUUUGGGCAUUACUGAUAUUACAUUUUGGUAACCUUUGGGGAUUAUUUUUCCUAAUGACGGCCGGACCGAAUUUCUUAUCUUCCGUACUAGGAUUUACAUUAGGACAUACUGGAAUUUUGGCAUCGUUGCCGUAUUUAGCGAGGCUGAUUUUAGGAAUAAUUUUCGGUCAAAUCGGCGAUUUUAUCAUCAGGAAACAUUACAUGGAAAAAACUACAAUCAGGAAAAGCUUCAUUUUAUUUUCUCAUUUUUUACCGGGUGUACUUUUAUUCGCUCAAACGUUCGUCGGUUGCGAUGUCACGUGGGCGAUCGUAUUGAUAACGAUGUCUUUGGGAUUGAAUGGCGCCUCUACAUUGACUAAUUUACAAAAUUCGCAAGAUUUAUCACCUAAUUUUGCUGGUACUCUCUACGGUAUCAUUAAUUGCGUAGGAAGUACCACAGGAUUCAUUAAUCCCACCAUAGUUGGAUAUAUGACAGCUGAACGUAACGGUCUCGACGAAUGGCAUCACAUCUUCUACAUCGGCUCUUCUGUUUAUAUAGCAUGCGGAAUUGUAUUUUGCAUAUUCGGAACUGCCGACAAACAACCUUGGAACGACGAAACAGAUAAAUCUAAACCAGAUACCGAAGGAGUCGAAAAUAUCGGUUUCGAAGACGUCGAUUUUUCAAAAAGUACCAGCAGAGAAAAUACAAAAAUAUAAAAAACAUUUUUAUUUUAAUUAUUGAUAAUAAAUGACUGAAAUCGGAUAAAA